GCGGCGGGGAGGGUUCGCCCGCCUGGGGGGCGCCUCGUCUCCUUUGGUUUUCUUCCGUUGGAAGAAAAAAACCCCAAAUAAUAUUAUUAUCCCGCUUUAAACUUCCGCGCUCCGCUCCCCAGGACGCGCAUCCCGCCCGGCGGGGAGGACGAGCCGGGGGACUUGAGCCAUCCCCAGACAAGAGGACCCUUUUUCUCUGCGGGGCUGGUUAGCCAUCCAGAGGGUGGUGGUGCUCCUGGAAGUCCUGAGCUGGGGUCGGCUGGAAGAUGACCGAAUAUAAGCUGGUGGUGGUGGGAGCUGGUGGUGUCGGGAAGAGCGCUUUGACGAUACAGCUCAUUCAGAACCAUUUCGUUGAUGAGUAUGACCCCACGAUAGAGGAUUCCUACAGAAAGCAAGUCGUCAUCGAUGGCGAGACCUGCUUGUUAGACAUCUUGGAUACCGCAGGGCAAGAGGAGUACAGUGCCAUGAGAGACCAGUACAUGAGAACGGGGGAAGGAUUCCUCUGCGUCUUCGCCAUCAACAACACCAAGUCCUUUGAAGAUAUUCACCAGUACAGGGAGCAGAUCAAGAGGGUGAAAGACUCGGAUGAUGUUCCCAUGGUGCUGGUGGGAAAUAAAUGUGACCUACCAGCCCGGACAGUGGAGACCCGGCAAGCGCAGGACCUGGCCCGGAGUUACGGGAUCCCCUACAUAGAAACGUCUGCCAAAACCAGACAGGGCGUUGAAGAUGCCUUCUACACCUUGGUGCGGGAGAUCCGUCAGCAUAAGCUGCGCAAGCUGAAUCCCCCAGAUGAGAGCGGCCCCGGCUGCAUGAACUGUAAAUGUGUGAUAUCGUGACUACGCUGACUGGACCGUGUCUUGGAGAGGUUCCCACUGUGCAGAGCGCAAGGAAAGAGGUGAAGCGAAGGAAAGAAGCGAACGGAUUCAGGGGAGGAGUAUAGGGGGAGGGGGAGAGGAAGAGGAGGAGGAGGAAGAGGACAGGGGGAGCAUGAGCACCUCCAAGGACUAUCUCGCAUUUCACCCAAGCCUGCGGCAAACGACUUCUUUUCUUUUUUUUUUUUCUUUCCCCAUCCCUUCCUCCUUUGGCCUCCUCCCACCCCGGCAACUGUACAAAGCCACAGAUUGAAUCACAGUAAAUUAUUAUUUGAUGGUCUCGAUGAACCA